AGCAGCUAUACACAGUACAUCUCAUUGUACUGUACAUAAACAAUCAUAGUAGCACUCUUUUUCACUAUAGCAACAAGCCCCUGGCCUGUAUUAGGACUGGAAAGAGUCCUUGACUGAAGCUGUGAGACCUAAAGCUUCCUUUAGACUAGACUUCGGGUGUACAGGGGCAGCGCUUUGGAGCCCUGUUCUCCAUCUUUCUCUCAACCUCGAGUACCUCCUAUCUUUUUGAAGUUCGGUUUCUAAGUCUAUUCCUCCUCCUCCUCCUCCUCUAAUCAUUUCGUCUACUCAAGCGUACACGCCUCCCAGCCGCUCCUCUCCUCUCUCUUCUCUUGGUAUCAUGCCUGUUAGUGGUUUCAAUACUGUAGUCAUUGGCCAGUCUAGUGUCACUCCUAGCGUACCUUCUCCCUCUUCCUCCUCCAUGACAAGCACCUCGCCUUCAAACUCCUCCACUCCCUCUCCGACUAGUUCGCUACCGCAUAAACAGCCGCAACAGAAUGGACUCCACCCGUCAGACGACAUGGACGUCUGCAACGGCCUCGGGAAACCCUCCAGCACGAGCUCCAGGCAGCUCCUCCAGGACGCAAGCGACUUGAACCUCAUGGAUGAUUUCUCUAAUCACUUAUCGAUAUCGCCCAAGCCGCCUCAGCGUCUCCCGUCCUCCGAAAGAGAAAAGGCCGAGAUGAGCUCUUGCUUGUCUAUGUUUGACGAGUGGACGACUAGCAGACAGAGUGAUUUCGUUGAGCAGAUCAUUGUUAGGAUGUCCUUUCAUCAACAUGAGAGGCUUUAUUCUAUUCUAAUACCAAUGCUACAGAGGGAUUUCAUCACUGCACUACCUGGCAAAGGCUUACAUCAUGUUGCUUACAAGAUAUUAUCUUAUCUUGAUGCACAGUCACUCUGCAGGGCAGAGCUGGUGUGCACUGACUGGUAUCGCGUGAUAGCCGACGGUAUGCUAUGGAAGAAGCUGAUUGAGAGGAAAAUGAAAACCGAUCCAGUUUGGAAAGGACUCUCAGUCAGGAGGGGAUGGGGUUGCUACCUCAAUGCCCAGAACACUCCUCCAAGCGAGGUAUCCAUCCACGACUAUUUUAGAAAACUCUACCCGUGCAUCAUACAAGACAUAAGAAAUAUGGAAGAUAAUUGGCGGAACGGUAGACAGACCUUGACCCGUAUUGAGUGUCACAGUGAGAACAGCAAGGGAGUCUAUUGUCUUCAAUAUGACGACAAACACAUUGUCAGUGGAUUAAGAGAUAACACUAUAAAAGUAUGGAAGAAGGACACUAUGGAGUGUUUAAAAGUACUCACUGGACACACGGGGUCCGUCCUAUGUCUUCAGUAUGACGAGAAGGUCAUUGUAACCGGAUCAAGCGAUUCUACUAUUAGAGUCUGGGACGUUGAAACAGGGAUGAUGCUCAAUACGUUAGUCCAUCACUGCGAGGCCGUUCUUCAUCUUAGAUUCAACAACGAGACAAUGGUCACUUGUUCCAAGGAUCGAACCAUUGCCGUGUGGGACAUGAAAACCCCCUCGGACAUUGUCCUUAGAAGAGUGCUAGUAGGACACAGAGCAGCUGUUAACGUAGUGGACUUUGACGACAGAUAUAUCGUCUCGGCCUCUGGCGACAGAACUAUCAAGGUAUGGCAGACCAAUAAUUGUGAGUUCGUUCGUACUCUACACGGCCACAGGAGAGGCAUAGCAUGCCUGCAGUAUAGAGGAAACCAUGUCGUGAGUGGCUCCUCUGAUAACACCAUUAGGAUAUGGGAUGUGGAGUGUGGCUCUUGUUUAAGACUUCUUGAAGGUCACGAAGAACUUGUACGUUGUAUUAGGUUUGAUGACAAGCGGAUAGUUAGUGGAGCUUACGAUGGGACCAUCAAAGUCUGGGACUUAAAGGCAGCGCUAGACCCCAGGACACCAGCCACCAGCCUGUGUUUGAAGACCCUAUCUGAGCACACUGGUCGUGUAUUCAGACUCCAAUUUGAUGAUUUCCAGAUUGUCAGUAGCUCGCAUGACGACACUAUCCUCAUAUGGGACUUCCUGGACUCUUCCCCUCCAGAUCCCAUGGAAACUGACGAGGGAGAUCUCGGGGACGAGGGAGCAACAGGGAGAGACCCGUCCCAGCCGAUAGUCCGCAGACACUCAAGCGAAGAGCCGGAUUCGCCAACGGCUGAAGAUGGAAACUUUUCGCUCCCAAACGAAGAGAAUGGGUCGCCUAGUUUGAAUGACGGUGAGAACCUCUCACUCAGCGACCAUUAGCGUUAUAAUUGAAGCAGCUUCUCUGUCAAUCUUUAUUAUUAUUAUUUUUUCAUUGCUUCUCUUCACUGUUGGUUAUUCCACUGUGCUUGAGAGAAUCGGGAGAGAAUCCUCCUUCAUGCAAUAUAUAACUAUACUUCAGUGACUUAUUAUUUUUCUUUUUUUUUUCUUCUUGUUACUCUUAUGAUUCAACUAAUAAUACGCAUUACUUACACACGCAUACCAAAGGAUUGUAAUACCUCUCUCUGAUAUUUUCUCUGUUUGUCCCUUUGUUGUAAUUUUUGCAUGUAAAAUAAUAAUAAUACCAAUAACAAAAUUACAAUGUG